AUGUCUGUAACUGUUUCUUGUUUUCUCUCUUUCAUUUCUGUUUCUUCUGGCUCUCCUCUCGCUCCCUUAUUUCUUUCAGUUGAUUUACUUUUUAACUCUCUCUAUCUCUCUCACACAUACACACACUCUUUCUCUCUCUCUCUCACUUCUUUCACUCCCUCUCCUAUUUAUCGCAUCUUGGUCAUUGUAUUUCUCUUUUACUCUCGUGUUUGUUUAUCUGCCUCUCAAUUGCAUUUCUGUGUCACGUUCUUUCUAAACUGUUUCUUUCUAAACUGUUUCUUUCUUUUUUUUCUUCCUCUCUGUCUCCUUUUCGUUUGUUUGCUUGUCACUUUCUUUUUCGUUUGUUUGCUUGUCACUUUCUUUUUCGUUUGUUUGCUUGUCACUUUCUUUUUCGUUUGUUUGCUUGUCACUUUCUUUUUCGUUUGUUUGCUUGUCACUUUCUUUUUCGUUUGUUUGCUUGUCACUUUCUUUUUCGUUUGUUUGCUUGUCACUUUCUUUUUCGUUUGUUUGCCUGUCACUUUCUUUUUCGUUUGUUUGCCUGUUUCUUUCCUUCUCGUUUGUUUGCUUGUCACUUUCUUUUUCGUUUGUUUGCCUGUUUCUUUCUUUCUCGUUUGUUUGCUUGUCACUUUCUUUUUCGUUUGUUUGCCUGUUUCUUUCCUUCUCGUUUGUUUGCUUGUCACUUUCUUUUUCGUUUGUUUGCCUGUUUCUUUCCUUCUCGUUUGUUUGCUUGUCACUUUCUUUUUCGUUUGUUUGCCUGUUUCUUUCCUUCUCGUUUGUUUGCUUGUUUCUUUCUUUCUUAUUCGUCAUUCUUUCUCGCUUAUUCCAUUCUGUCUUUUUCGUGCCUCUUGUUUUUGUCCCUCUCUCUUUCCACCUUGUUUUUUUCUCAGUCUGUCUACCUUGUUUCUCUCUCUCUCUCUUGUUUCUUUCUCUCUCUCUCUCUCUUCUUAUUUCUUUCUUUGUCUCUCCCCCUCUUUCUCGCUCGUUUCCCAAUCUCCCUUUGUUGAUUCCCUCUCUCUCUCUCUCGCCCAUUUCUUUGUUUUUUUUCUUUCUCAUUUUGAUCUUUGUCUUUUUUUUUUUUUUUCACUCAUCACCAAUUUGGUUACCCUUACUGAUUCAAGGCUGGCGUCCCUAAAUUCAAGUAGUGCUAUUUUGGGCGAAUCGUCCACCGGAAACUCUACAGCAAUGAAAAACUCAAGCAUCAACUUGGCGACUGGUCUCAUCCCGGGCAGGAUGAAAUUUAACCAGCGUCUCUUCAUUCUCUUUGGCGCGACAUUCUUCUCGUUCGCUUUCUUCCUCCUCUUCGACACAGGAAUGCCCUGGCCGCAGGUACAUACUAGCCGAACACGGAUGCUAGCCGUGAAAUUGUGGCAACACCAGUUACAAAGUCGCCAGUCAUCGUGGAAGGGAGACUGUCAAGCCUCUCCGUCCACAGACCUCGUUGUCACCGCCAACUUCUCCACGUUCGACAUGGCGCCGAAGCUUGUCUACGAAGUACUCGCCGACGGCUCGUAUCCACUCCCUAACGCUAACAAGGCAAUCUCCCCGAUUUCUUCCUCAUCUUCCUCGUUUUUCUCGUCGUCGUCUUCGUUGAUUCUCGAGAAAGGAGCGGCGACGACGUCUACGGAACAGGCUGAAAUGAUAGUAGCUGCAGCUGAGGCAGCAUCAUCAAGGAACGGUGCAAGGCCGACAAAAAAAGAGGACCCUUUUACAGUGAUACUGGUGCCCCAUUCGCAUAACGACCCAGGCUGGUUGAAAACAGUUGACGAAUAUUAUGCCGAUCAGACGAAACACAUUUUAGACAACAUGGUGCGCAAACUAACAACUUAUCCGAACAUGACCUUCGUUUGGGCCGAAACGAUUUACUUGGCUAUGUGGUGGAAUGACCAAGAAGAUGCCGUCAAGGCUCAGGUUCGACGAUUAAUACGUCGUGGCCAGCUAGAGAUUGUUUUGGGCAGCUGGGUAAUGCCGGACGAAGCUACAACACAUUAUUACGCAAUCGUUGACCAACUGAUCGAAGGUCAUCGAUGGGUGAUGGACAACUUACACAUUUUGCCAAAGAACAGCUGGUCCAUAGAUCCCUUUGGUCAUUCGGGCACCAUGCCCUACCUGUGGAAAGAAGCUGGUCUGCAGAACAUGGUCAUUCAGAGAAUCCAUGGAGCGGUCAAAAACCAUCUAGCCAAACACAAGGGCUUAGAAUUCAUGUGGCGCCAAUACUGGGACGACCGCGGAGACACGGAUAUAUUGUGUCACGUGAUGCCCUACAUGCUUUAUAGUAUUAAGUUCACUUGCGGUCCGGACCGCUUCCUCUGUCUCCUGUACGACUUCCGCAACAUUCCUGGCGAGCAACGCGAGGGAAAAUCGCGCGACAUUAGUGUGAAGAACAUCGAAGUGCAGGCCGAGUACUUGUACAAGGAGUACCGAAAGAAGAACUUCCUCUACAAGUACAACGCCAUCCUAGUUCCACUGGGUGACGAUUUCCGAUUCGACAAGGAGAUCGAAUGGGACCAACAGUACAAGAAUUACGCUAUGCUUUUUCAGUACAUGAACUCUCGAAAAGACUGGAAUAUUCAUCUUAAAUUUGGCACGCCCCAGGACUAUUUUGAAAUUAUCCGAAAACGCCGCAGGCGAAACCCAAACGUUUCCAAAGAGAAAAACUCUAUACCGGUCCUAAGCGGAGAUUUUUUCCCAUAUUCAGACCAAAGCAACGCCUACUGGACGGGCUAUUACACAACCCGGCCUUUUGACAAGAGAUUUAGCCGAGACAUUGAAUCGGCACUAAGAGCGGCUGACAUUUUGUAUUUCCUGGCUUGUUCUUAUUCCAAAAUGUGGGAUAAACCGUAUGAAAAGGCUUUCGAAACGGCAGGCAUGCUAAAAAGAGCGAGGCGGUAUCUGGGACUUUUCCAGCAUCAUGACGCAAUAACAGGAACCGCUAAGGAAUACGUAGUCAUGGAUUACGAAGAAAAACUAGCUAUCGCUUACAAUAUUACGCAGACGGUCAUAGGUAACGCUCUCGAAGUACUCCUUUAUCGCAGCAAAUCGGGACUCGCGAAUUUUUUCAUUCCAGAAACUGUGCGCACCUCCCCGACAAGCUCUGCUAGUAGACGGGUCUUGCAGCUGGAGAAGACCGGCCUUCAACUGGUGAUUUUUAAUCCGCUUGUCCAGCAGCGGCAGGACGUCGUCUCUGUUUUGGUAACGACCAACAAAAUCGAGGUCCUUGACGAGAAACAGAAGGUGAUUCCCAGUCAGAUAAUCCCUGUCUGGGAAGAUGACAUCACUGUCUCGCGUAGUGUCUUUGAGUUGGUCUUUCUGAUAAACAUCGAACCGCUAACGACAGUAGUGUACACACUGCGCAAGCCUGUGGGAGAAAUGAAAAAUACAUACACUUCGACGAUCGGGAUCGUAAACAGUAAACUUCUUGUCGUUCCCCCAGACACGGGGUUUCUUGAGGAUAAACCAUGGGACGAAAACCCUAAGCCAAUUGUGAUUGAAAAUAGCCUAUUGAAAGCAUCGUUUUCCGGCGCGAGGGGUCUUCUCGAGUCGGUUUUCGAUAAAAACACUGGCAACACCACUAAAGUUAAUAUUGAUUUCCAAGCUUACCUUUCCCAAGGAAGUGGAGCUUAUCUCUUCCUUCCGAAUGGGCGCGCACGUUCCAUCACGGGUAAAAGUCAAAUCACGCGAGUAGUUCAGGGUCCGCUUGUAUCUGAGGUGCAGGUCCUGCAUCAGUUUUUCCAGCAUCGGGUCAGGCUCUACGAUGUGCCGGGAAUCCAGCAGACAGCGUUGCACAUCGACAACAAGCUUAACAUCAAAGGCUUGCGAGAUCGGGAAGUAAUUAUGAAGUUGAAAACGGACAUCAAGAAUGAAAACGAGACGUUCUUCACCGACCAGAAUGGCUUUCAGAUGAUUGGACGGCGGAACCAGCACCGGCUUCGGCUGGAAGCUAAUUAUUACCCAAUCACCACAAUGGUCUUGUUGGAGGACGAUAACCGUCGUCUCACCUUGCACGCCGACCACUCGCACGGGGUGGCCGGCCUGGAGCAAGGUAGCGUAGAGAUCAUGCUUGACCGUCAGCUGAGUUACGACGAUGAAAGGGGACUGGGUGAGGGUGUAGAGGACAUUAAACCUGUUCAUUCAAGGUACGUUCUCCAAAUUGAGUACAGGGGCUCUGACGAUGUGGGUUCGCCAGGAGAAGGUCCAAGCAAAACCGAUACUGUACAGGAAGGGUCGGAAGUCGAAAAAAAUACACUGAUAAGUAACAUGAUUAAGAACACCGGUGAGAAUAACAAAAUCGUCCAAAACGGCCCAAAACCACUUGCUCCCUCUUCAGCCGAAAAUGAUCAUACAAAUAAAAUAUCAAAUCGGCAGUCUUCUUCCAAACAUCAAGAAAGACAACUCCGUUUUACGUUCCCAUCGCUUCUUGGAGUCCAUCUUAACAACUAUUUACAGCGCCCUCUUGUGGUUUAUUUUACAAAUAUGGAUGCCGAUUUUCUUGUACCAAAGUUUCGGCCUGUUGAAGGGCCCCUGCCUUGCGAUGUCAGUCUGGUUUCCCUUCGCGUUCUUGUCAAUUCUGAUCUUAUGCGAAACGGGACGUCGUUGAUACUUCACCGGCAAGGGAUGACGUGUGGCUUUCCUUCCUCAGAACCUGUAUGCAAUGUUGAUUGGGGCAAGGUCUCUGUAAGUUCCUUGUUCGAUUUCUCCCACUACUCCACCAGACUGGCUGAGCUACCCGAGCCCGCCAAACAUCGGUUGUCGUCAAGCGCUCAUAUUGGACCUUCCAGCAGAUUUCUCUCAAUAAUUCCUUCUCUCUCUUUCUUCAACUCUCUUUUGCUUAGAAUACCUCUUUCCUUCCUCUAUCCAAAAUUUCAUUAA